AUGCACGCCCGCCUUGACGACGUCCGCGCCCACGUUUCUGACAUUGACUUCAACGCUCGACUGUCGAUCUUCGCCAUCGUCGCGAAGGACGAGCUGGAGGGCAUCCGCGCGCGCGGCUGGGACCUCUCCUUCACCAAGACGACCGACCAUCGCGGACGUCACCCCCAUCGUCUGACUACUGCUGCUACACUACCCCUGAUCCAAGCCGCCUUCCACUGGCAGCUCGUCGACACGAUCGCGGGCGAGGACAAGGCGACCGGGAUACGCGGAGGCCUCGGCGCGCAGCUCAGACCCGAGACGAAGAACAAGCCGAAGAAGGUGCGCGAAGAGAUUGUGACGCAGAAUAGUGAGGAGGCGAAGCGCGAGCAGAAGGAGGAGGAAGAGGAGAAGCGCGCAGCGGCGAAGCGGAAGGUGGAGGAGGACCGUCUGAGCAAGUUGAGUGCGGUGCGAUAUGACAAGACCGGUGCAUCGUUCCGGUCGCAAGCAAGCGCACGGUCCUCGUCACCUUGGACGCAUCUGCGCGCGGCGUCGACUACCCUCACGCGUCAUCCAGCUCCCGAGCGCCGAGACGACAAUUAGCCACAUGCAGAUAUAUUGCUUCUGCCAGCCCCUCUCUCGAUGUUUGCCUCUGUCUCAUAUCUGUAUACUAAAUAGAGCUCAUGUAUGAGCUGUUGAUAUCAUAGUCUCUUCAUUCCAUUUGUGAUAUCUAUGACU